AUGCACAUCAAUCAGAGUGAGUCCAGUGCGGGAGAUGGUGGGAUGAUGCGGUGGAUUGUGGUGGUGUUGGCCUUAGUGCUGGUUGUGGAAGCUGCUGGUCCGCGUCGGUGCGCUGGUCGCCUCGCUCGGGAGAGAUUGAAAGCGGCUGAAAAGAUCAGGGAUAAAAGGUUCUACCUAUUCUGCUGCACUUCCCCGUGCGCCAGUCCUCAGCGACGCAGCCGACCUCCGCCCACCACCAGACGCUACCAACCCUUCCACAAAACGUGGUACGGUCUCAAACACGCCCUAGAUCCAAUUCCACCUCAGAACCGGUGCGACCAGGCAUGCAUGCUGUCAGAAUCUGACCCGAGUAAAAUAUUCAACGGGAAGUAUUUAUCGAUACGCCACAUCACUAUUGAUGCAUUGUUUCAAUCCGCACAUCACUAG